AUGAUGCCAGGAUACUGCAUCAAGACAAAUUAUGAAAACAGAAUAUAUAGCCUGAAAGUAGAAUGUGGACCUAAAUACCCAGAAGCUCCUCCAUCAGUUAGAUUUGUAACAAAGAUUAAUAUGAACGGAAUAAAUAAUUCCAGUGGGAUGGUGGAUGCACGGAGCAUACCAGUGUUAGCAAAAUGGCAAAAUUCAUAUAGCAUUAAAGUUGUACUUCAGGAGCUAAGACGUCUAAUGAUGUCCAAAGAAAAUAUGAAGCUUCCACAGCCUCCAGAAGGACAAACAUACAAUAAUUAA